UGAGCUGACCUCUGUUCAGGGCCAUGCGGAAGACAUGCUGCAGUAGCUUCAUGCCCUGCACCUUUAGGCUUCACUCCUAGCAUUCUUCCUACAGGUGCCACUUUGAGCCUGGGUGGCCAAAGUGUGACCCAGCCCAGCUGCCUGAGCCUGCCCCUCUCUAGCCAGCAGAGACCACAAGUCCUACCUCCUGUUGCCUCAGUUUGGCGUUUUUCACACUUUCAUGACAUCCGUGACAGUGUUGCAAUAUUGUAAUGCAAUGUGGUGUCUUUGCCUCCCAACAUAAUCUGACAACGCUGGGACGGUCAACUGAAAUCAACAUGAGGAACAAAUUGCAGCUCCAGGCAAUUCCCUUCUUCCUUUUACUUCAGCACACUACAUGUUGUGAAGAUCUCCUUUGUUCUGUGGACUAUGUACAAACUCUGACGUGUAUCCGGAAAACUGACCUCAGUGAGACUUUGUAUAAUCUCACUGCAACUUGGUUCCUUGAAGAAGGGAUGAAAAUUUCUGAGCACUUCUGCAAUCUCCUCCAGUCGUCCAGAACUGCUACUCAUACUCAGUACACGUGCUCCAUGGACCUGAAGGAAUUCAAUUCUGAUGACAAGUUCAGAGUAGAUGUAACAAAGCUAGCUGAUGGGCAAUACACAACUUCCAAAGCAUGCAGGGAAUUUCUUCUGAGCAAAAAUAUUAAACCGUAUCCUCCGUUCAAUCUGACUGCCGUGUUUUCAGAUGGAUAUAAUAUCUCCUGGAAAACCAUCUAUCAGAACUCUCUGUAUUACUAUUUGGAUGAUGAGCUGGAAUAUGAACUGCGGUAUAAGAAGAAGAGUGACACCUGGGAGCAUCAGAAGAGUAAAGUGAUCCCAGAGGACAAGCGAAGCGUGGUGCUCCUGCCACUGGAAUUCCAGAGGGACACGGACUAUGAGUUCCAGGUGCGAGCCAAGCCCCGGCCUGGCUCUGACUACAUUGGGGUUUGGAGUGAAUGGAGUUCCCUGCUAACCCUGAAAACUGAACCUGAGGAGAGCCCAGGAGUGCGAUGGCUGGUGUCGCUGCUCGCCUUUGCUCUGGUUGCUGUCUCCAUCACAGUGUUUCUGGCCAGAUACCAGAGCAUAUGGAAAAAGCUGGGGGUUUUCGUCCCGGAUCCUGCUCCCUUUUUCAAACCACUUUAUGUGGUACACAACGGAGAUUUCAAGAAAUGGGUUGGUGCAUCCUGUACCAAAGCAACACUGGAUUUCUUUGAGUGGGGAAUUGUCCUUCCAGAAGUUUUAGAAGUUUACAGCAAACACCUUUCCCACAACACUGCAGCUGAGGAGCUGAAAGAACUCAAAGAUCACCCUUGCGAGACUUUCAUAUCUUGCCUGGCCAUGCAUGGUCAGGACAGCCAGUCCCAUCUGUCCAGUUUGAAUAGUAGGAGUGGGACACAGGACCAGUCAUAUGGUCAUCUCUCUAUUGACACAGUAACUGUGGCUGAUGAAUUUACACCUUGUUACUCACAAUGCAACUGUAACAAUGCUCACCGGGAUCAUGAACAUCUGGAUGCUGAUGGAGAAGAUGGCUACCCCAAGGUUAAUCUUGAUGGUGACAACAGUGAAAUUUCCAGCAGUUUGCCUCUGGCUGCCCUGAGUGCACAAGAUAACAUAAUUUCCUCUGGCUCUGUGUCUAUGGAACCCUCAUGGAGGAGUGCAAGUCCCUCGGUGCAUCGCCCAAUGGCAGAGGCCCUGGGAGGAGGGAUGGGGAGUAUUUUAGAAGCCCUUUGCCUGCAUCAUGAGCAGUGGGAUUUAGAAAGUCCAGUUUCUCUGCCUUCUCCAGAUGGUGAAAGUGUUUCCUAUAGCGAUGGCCCUUAUGACUUUUUCUCUCCUAAUACACGAACUGGUGAUGGUUACCCAGCAAUUUGCCUAGAUUUAGACACCAUUGACAGUGGAUUUGUGGACUCAGAUUGUGGGAGUCCAAUCGAGUGUGAAUUUGAGAAAAGCAGUCAGACCAAUUCAGGCUGUACUUCUGGAUCCAUUACACUCAAAAAUGAAGGAGAGGACUUCCCGCGGAGUUAUGUCAAACAGUGGGUCUCCUGUCGCUCUGCCACGCUGCCCAGUGGGACGCAGACAAACUGAGGACUCGUGCUGCACAACAGGAAGAGACCAAAAUGCUGAGCGCUGAGCGCCAGCAGCCUGUAUUUCAUGCAACUGAAAUGAGCAGCUGCCCAGAAAUUUGCCUUUCCCUGCUGCUAUACACCCUAGGUUCAUGUCACAUCCAAUUUGACAGGAUCAACUUUUUGACAGCUUCGCUGGUCAGAAUGGUGCACACUGAGCCAUGGAAUUUCAUUUCUUCCAUGCAGGAAAAGCAGCUGCACCCUGGGAAUGGACCUUGAGCUUGGGGAAAUGCACAAGAUUUUGAAGCCAUGUUUAUAAAGAGAGUAUGAAACUUUCAAAUGACUCGCUCUCACUAGUGGCAGUUGGCCUGAGAGUUUGGUGGCAUUUAGAGCUUUUGUAAGCAUCAUCACCCAAAUUUUAGUGUGCAAGAAACAGAACAGAACUCAAGUUUCAGGGCUAAGUUCCAGUCAGGCUUGACAGUAUAUUCUGCAGACCAGAAUCUUACUCCCUCGUUCUUUGAACCUACAUCUUAAUGUAAUAGUUUCUCAGCAAAGCUACAACUUCCAACUCCAGACAAAUUCUCACCGCUUUCGGGGCUGCCUCUUUAAGCAACAUCUUUAAAAAUACCUUCUAAGCACGUUAAUUAUAGCAUUGUAGUGGCUUGUAGAUUUAUGCAAGAAAUGCAGGGACUAUGUGUCUGUCUGUGUGUCUGUCUGUCUGUCUAUAAUGAAGCCCUGACCCGGGCCUUUGGGCACUACUGCAGUAUAACUCUUCAACAGUACUAAACCUGGACUGUUCCUGCUUGUAAUAGAGCCACUCGUGACACAUGCACUGGGAUCAGGAAAACAUUUGCCUCCAGCUGUUUUGUGACUGCAUUUUGUGUUAUUUAGGAUAACUGCAUUGUAAAGUUAAUAUAAUAUUGUUAGUGAGUGUAAGGGCCCAGGCCUGCAGCCUGCUGCAUUUCCAGUGUAAUAAUCCUGUUCUGUCUGUGAUACAAAUAAACUCCUCCUGCCCCC